AUGUCUUCUCGAGCAGCCGACCGCAGCAUGCCUGCUAUCAGCUCACCUCUCUCCCCCAGAUCACAGCCUCUCGAUAUUCCCUCCCAGGCUCGACGUCGACCAGCUCUGAACCCACGACAACCUAGCAACAACGGACCUGCUGCGCACUUGAGGCUCCCUUCCCUGCCCCGCUUCCACCCAGCAAACUACGCUUCGUCUCAAGGUUCAAGUCAAGCAAACACACCCGUUGCCGGUCCUGACAGUCCCAACUCGCCCGCAUCACCUCGAUCAUCCAACAGACAGUACGAGGUUCAGAGACAGAUGUACCUCUACCAGCAACAACUUCUCGCCAACACUACCCGCCAACACAGGGGCUUUGGACCAAAACCGACCAGUCCACGUCUAGAGCCUCUAGCCAGUCCUGGAGUAGUCACUCCUCUGGAACUCGAAGAAGACGCCGGCGGUUAUCUUACCGCUGGUGUGAGCCGAGCAGAGGCCGACAAGCACGUUGAGAAGUACAUUCGCGAGGAAGCUCGUCGAAGGGGAGACUACUCUCCUGGCCGGGCUACUUCUGUUGGUGGGGGUUGA